CACUCCCGGCAACCGAUUUCCACAACUGUUUCCACAUGGAUACGUAUAUCAGAUGGAAGGAAGACCAUCGGCAGCCCGAUACCCCACCGUUGGUCCUGAAGCUAGUAAAUAGCAGCCCGACACUUCGGACGGAGGAUGAACCAACCCAAUCGUUCACAGUCGCUUUGCGCAGAGUCACAAACAAUCAAUGCUUCUGGCUGCGAUGGUCGCCUUUCAUAGAUCCCAGUAAGGAAGAAUAUGUUUUAUUGUCUCAUAGUCCAGAAAGCAGCAAAGUCGAGAGGAUCGGCAUUGAGAAAUACUCGAGAUAUUCACCAUUAUCACCAAGUGUUCGUCAAUUCCCCAAUGAACCGGCAUCGUUCUAUGUUGAAGAAGCCAAAAAGAAUUGGGAUCACAGUACGAUAAAUGUGCGAACGGGGGUACCUGAUGCCUGGAUCAAGCUCCUAGAACCGGGGCGCACUUAUACCAUUCUCUGGACGGGCAAAGAGAUUCCAUACUGGGAUUGGGGUACGCCGCAGGACAAGGUGGGAACUGAAGCAAAAUGGCCCCCUAUCUUGGUUCCGGGUGGUGCACACCGCACCUUUACUGUGCAAGAAGGGCGGCGCCCUCAUAUUCCCUCACCUCCGACGCCACCGCCAAUUGAUCCAAGCGAAAGAGUUCCUGGCGCACCAGUCCUGAGCCUUCAGCUUAGCUGUAGCCCAACAUGGCCUCAGUCCGAGUAUUUGAACAUGUCUAUCAAGGUCACCUACCACGGUCCCUCAUCCGACCCCAUCACGUUCCACACCUGGGCAUUCAGCCCACUUAGAUCCUUCAGCGUCUAUCGCCGUGUCUUCCCAGAUCAGUCUAGUCCAGAGACUGAACCGAAAUGGAAGACAUGCAUAAUCCAUCAGUCACUAUAUGUCUUUUGGGAUAAUCCUGACAGACAGCUCAACGUGGCAGAAAAUGAAGAAGGUCGGUUCGCGACUCUUUUCCCAGGGGAAUACUGGUCAGAUUCCUGGUCUUUCGAUGCGGAUGGAGAUUGUCAGCCUGAAGACGCCCGACCUGGCCAGCAGCUUCGAUACCAAUUUACAGGGGAAACACUGGACUGGUGGGAUUGGGGUACGAUGGAGGAUCACGCGCAAACUGUUGUCACGCUGCCUGGCUCGGGAGUUGAACCUAUUAAGUACCCGAAGAACAAUGAUAAUCGACCGAAAGUGGUCAUACCAGCUUCUAAUAGUGUCGAGUGGAUUGUUUCGCAGUGCUUUGAUCGUCAGUUUGAUUAGUGCAAGUACAAUAUCCUCUAAGACUCUGUCGUUCUUU